AUGAUCCUGUCGCUGAUACUCCAGCUGUUGACCUUCUUUGUGACUCCGGGAGUCAACGUGACCUUGCGGUGCCGUGCCCCCCAACCUGCCUGGCGGUUUGCACUCUUCAGAACUGGGGAUGUUACCCCCCUGUUCUUCCGGGAUGUGGCCGCGGAGCUGGCUGAGUUCUUCCUGGAGGAAGUGGCUCUGGCCCAGGGAGGCAGUUAUUACUGCCGCUAUCGCAGGACAGACUGGGGACCCGGUGUCUGGUCCCAGUCCAGCAAUGUCUUGGAACUGCUGGUGACAGAUCAGCUGCCCAGACCAACGCUGGUUGCAUUGCCUGGGCCUGUGGUAGCUCCAGGAGCCAACAUAAGCCUGCGCUGUGCAGGCCGCGUGCCGGGCAUGAGUUUUGCGCUGUACCGCGUGGGUGUGGCAACCCCUCUGCAGUACAUCGACUCUGUGUAUCCCUGGGCUGACUUCCCUCUGACGGGCGCCCAUGCUCCGGGCACCUACAGCUGUUAUUACCACACACCAUCUGCGCCCUAUGUGCUGUCACAGCGCAGCCCGCCGCUGGUCAUCAGCUCCGAAGGUUCCGGCUCCUCGGACUAUACUCAGGGAAACCUCAUUCGUUUGGGAGUGGCGGGGCUGGUCCUCAUCUGCUUGGGCAUCUUAGUUACUUUUGACUGGCAUAGCAGGAACUCCACUUUUGGUGGCCUCCUGCCUCAGCAAAACUGGGUGUAG